GGCUGAUGCCUGUUGACCCAUCUCGCUGGGUCCUCUCUCUCGUAUCACUGCCAACGAGAUGAGUGCAAUUGGAAAUAGUCCGAUUAACCUUUUGAGAUCGGCAAUAAAUCUCGGGGGGCACAGUAAACCAAAUCUUCUUGGCCCAUGCUCUUGCAUUUUGGUCUCGAACUGUUUGCUUACUACAUGGUCAGCUUCGUCCCUGAUCCUACCUACAUAAUGCCCCCGUCUUCUCCCUUCUCUCGUCGCUCGUCGACGUUGGGACAAAUUGCAGCAUAGUGGACUUCCACCGACUCGAACAUGAAGACCUCUGUUAUUGGUGGUGUCGUGCUCAAUGCGCUCCUUGCUACGGCAGGAUGCCCUUUUAUGGACGCCGAGGCGGCCGACAGGCUCGAGCGUCGCGGUACUUUCCCAGUAAACCACACGGAAAAGGCUGCUGGCACAAAAUUCCUUGACCAAUUUACCGUCAACGACACCGACAGCUACUCGACCACUGACUUUGGCACUCCGGUCGAUGACCAUACCUCGCUCAAGGCCGGCGACCGCGGCCCGACCCUCUUGGAGGACUUUGUUCUUCGAACCAGAAUCACCCGUUUCGACCAUGAGCGCAUCCCCGAACGUGUUGUCCAUGCCCGUGGCGCUGCUGCACAUGGAUACUUCGAGUCCUACGCCGACUGGUCAAAUAUUACCGCCGCCUCUUUCCUUGGUGCUGCCGGAAAGCAGACUCCCAUCUUCCUCCGUUUUUCCACUGUUGCAGGUUCCCGUGGUAGCAUUGACUCGGCACGAGAUGUUCACGGUUUCUCUCUCCGUUUCUACACCGACGAGGGCAACUAUGACAUUGUCGGAAACAACAUUCCCAUUUUCUUUAUCCAGGAUGCCAUGAACUUUCCCGACUUGAUUCACGCCGUCAAGCCCAACCCUCAAAACGAGAUCCCCCAGGCCCAGACUGCUCACGACUCGGCUUGGGAUUACUUUGGCUCGAACCCGUCUACUUUGCACACUCUCUUUUGGGCUCUUUCCGGUCACGGUAUCCCCCGUAGCUUCCGACACAUGGACGGCUUCGGUAUUCACACUUUCCGCUUUGUCAACGACGAGGGCAAGUCGAAGCUGGUCAAGUUCCACUUCAAGACCCAGCAGGGGUUGGCCUCCUUGACCUGGCCCGAGGCGCAGGGUCUCGGUGGUCAAAAUCCCGACUGGCAUCGCCAAGACCUCUUCGAAUCCAUUGACUCUGGCGCCUACCCCGAGUGGGAGGUGUCCGUGCAGAUUAUGGAGGAGGAGGACGUCUUGAAGUAUGGCGUUGACCUCCUCGACCCGACCAAGAUUGUCCCUGUCGAAUACGUCCCUCUGACCCCGCUCGGCAAGUUCGUCUUGACCGAGAACCCCCGCAAUUACUUUGCUGAGACUGAGCAAGCCAUGUUCUGUCCCGGCCACGUUGUGCGCGGAAUUGACUUUUCCGAUGACCCCUUGCUCCAGGGCCGCUUGUUCUCCUAUGUUGACACCCAGCUCAGCCGUAAUAUGGGCUCUCCCAACUUUGAACAGAUCCCAAUUAACAGACCUCGUGUCCCUGUCCACAACAACAACCGGGACGGUGCUGGCCAGCAGAUGAUCCCCUUGAACAAUGCUCCCUACUACGUCAACACCUUGAACAACAACUGGCCUAAGCCGGCCAACCAGACCCAGGGCAAUGGCUUCUUCACUGCUCCGGCUCGCCGGAUUGUUGACGCCGCCUAUGUUCGCGAGACCUCGCCCACCUUCUCCGACUACUGGACUCAGCCAAGACUCUUCUACAACUCGCUUCUCCCGGCUGAGCAGCAGAUGGUGGUCAACGCUGCUCGAUUUGAGCUGUCCAAGGUUGCUUCUCCCGUCGUCAAGCAAAACGCCAUUGCUCAGUUCAACAAGAUUGACCAUGAUCUUGCUGAGCGUGUUGCUGUUGCGCUUGGCAUGGAGGCGCCCGCUGCCGACCCUCAAUACUAUCACAACAACAAGACCGCCGGUGUCUCCGUCUUUGCCGAGCCCCUUCCGUCGGUUGCCGGUCUGCAAGUUGGCAUUUUGGCUACCGACUCAUCGAACUCUUCACUGAGCCAGGCAUCCGCCUUGGCCAAGUCUUUCAAGCAGAUGGGCGCGGUCCCUGUCAUCAUUUCUGAGACGUUGGCUCAUGGGGCUGACGCCACCUAUAUCGCCUCUGAUGCUGUUCUCUUUGAUGGUGUCAUCGUGGUGGACGGUACCCAGUCCCUGUUCACUGCUGGCGCCUCGACUCUUUACCCAAUUGGCCGCCCGGCACAGAUUGUCCGGGAUGCUUUCUACUACGGAAAGCCGAUUGGCGCGGUUGGCGCCGCCAAGGACGGCCUUUCGCAGGCUUCUGUGCCCAUCCAGAAGGGUGUCUUUACCGCUAACAGCACGAGCAAGGACUUUGUCAAUGACUUUGAGGGCGGCCUGAAGCAGUUCAAGUACUUGGAUCGUUUCCCCCUUGAUUCAUAAAUGCAUUGAUGCGUAAAUACAGCGACUGUAUAUUCCUUGUGUACUCUAAACUUUCUUUGUCUAGCGUUUACUGUCACGAAAUGAACAUGUAGAUACGAAACGCUUUCUGUUUAUACCACAGAAUGUUAUAUAUCCAUGAAAGUUCUCCAAAUGUCUUGGUCAAA